AUGACGUUGGAGGCGAAGUGGGCCGCCACCGUGGCGGGUCUUUCUCUGCUGCUCGGCCGCACAACCGAUUACGAGGCGGAGGCCAAUCCACGGGAUGCCGCAUGGCGCCGGUGGGAGCUCGUAAAGCAGUUGAUUCAAUCUGUCAAACCCAGUCUAUCCCACUCUCAAAGUCGGGGUGAAGAUUCAUCAACGUCUUUUGUACCGCCUAAUGAGGAUCGUGACCCCAUUACUAUGCUUUACCACUUGCUUUGCAGGGAUUCGGCAGAAUUUCAGCAGAGCCUCAUACUAUCGUGCUGCGUUCAGUUAAACGACAAGAAGGAGGAUGGGCUUUCUCCCGUGGAUUUAAUCUCUACUUCAUCUUUGCUUCAGCUCUUCUUGAUGUUUUCUCAAGAGGUUGACUUUUUCGAUCAGUCUACUUCCGUAAAGAGGUUUUUAAUCGCAUGGGAUCAACCUCAGAUGGGGGACGAUGAGGGUCCACCUGCAAUUUCCCUUACGAGACGCUUGUUAACCCAUAUUGAUGGCCGUGUGGUACCCCUCUUGCUAUUGGUUUCUCGAGUCCUUUCGCAACUAUCAGGUUAUUGCUUGGUUGGGGCGCUCUUGACCACCCGAAGCCAAUUGCUUGAUCAACUAUUAGAUGAGGAAAAAGAGGCUCAGUUGCUUCCUUUUAUGAGCUACGCCACGGUGAACUCGGUGGCUAUGGAGGGAUUUGUGAGUCACAUCUUGUCUGAAGGCAUCCCCUCCCUUCAGAAUGUAAUUCUUCCAGUGGUUUCGAAUGGGGUGUCUGAUCGGGAGCUACUGCAACUUUACAAAGACAACCAAAUCUAUCGAGAGCAUCUGGAGACGUUAUUGAGUAAUAUAGAGAAUAAGAAAAUUAGGAGCCACCCAAACGGCUCUGGCUAG